AUGACGACUACCAAGACGCUACCGCUGUAUACAGCGCAACAGCUGCAAACUCACAACUCGGACAAAGAUUGCUGGGUCUCUCUAUACAACCGCAAGAUUUACAAUGUGACAAGGUUCUUGGAUGAACAUCCAGGUGGACCAGAACUGAUUUUGGAAUAUGCCGGGAAAGACAUCACAGACGUUUUGAAAGAUCAGGUAACGCACGAACACUCAGUCACUGCGUACGAGACACUUGACGAGAAUUAUCUGGUGGGAUAUCUGGCCACACCGGAAGAGGAGAGUAAACUGUUGAAUGGGACCGCCAAUGGAGCGCCAAUGGAGGUAAAACUAGAGGAAGAAUACGAUUCCACCGUUUUCGUUCCUGAAGUCCCACCAGAAGAAAAGUUGAGCAUUGUCACAGACUACUCACGUGACUUCACGCGUCACAAGUUUCUGGAUCUAAACAAGCCUCUGUUAGUCCAGAUGCUUCGUGCGGAUUUUUCCAAGGAAUUUUAUUUGGACCAAAUCCACCGUCCCCGUCACUACGGUCGUGGUUCGGCGCCUUUGUUCGGAAACUUCCUGGAACCACUUUCUAAGACUUCCUGGUACGUCAUCCCCAUCGUGUGGUUCCCGGUUAUCCUGUAUCACAUCUACACUGCAUUUCAGAACAUGAACAAAGUCUUCGCUACGUUUUUGUUCGGUGUAGGGCUGUUUGUCUGGACACUCAUUGAAUACGGUCUACAUCGUUUCCUUUUUCACUUGGACGAGUAUCUGCCACGCCAUCAGGUCGCUUAUACAGUUCAUUUUCUACUGCACGGUGUUCACCAUUAUCUCCCCAUGGAUCGCUAUAGGCUUGUAAUGCCACCAACUCUGUUUGUGGCUCUCUGCACGCCGUUCUAUAAGCUUGUUUUUGCUCUGUUACCAUAUUACUGGGCCUGCGCUGGUUUUGCAGGAGGCAUGUUUGGAUAUAUGUGCUACGAUCUGACACACUACUUUUUGCAUCACGCCAAACUUCCAACGUAUUUGCAGAAGCUCAAGAGAUACCACAUGGAGCACCACUACAAAAAUUACGAACUAGGUUUUGGUGUCACUUCUUGGUUUUGGGAUAAGGUUUUCGGCACAUACCUAGGUGAAAAUGCGCCAUUGUCUAAAAUGAAGUUUGAGUAA